AUACAGCGGAUGCUACUCAAAGGCAUGGUUUCCGCUGCGGGAUCGUGCGAUCGCCUUUCCGAACCGUGCUCAAUUUGAUUACUGCCGUUCGCAAGAGCGGCGUCAAUUGCUUCUGGGACGCUUGGCAACACCCACAAUGAGGCUUUCACACGCGUGGUUCCUUUUCAUCGCUCAUUGGGCAUCCGCUGCGUCGGUGCCGGUUAAGGAUGACUUCUCAGACAGUCAGCUGGAUAUCUGCGCCGCUGUGAUCUGCCGGCCCGGACGAGUGUGCCGGAUAUUGGACAACGGCCUAGCGUCAUGCCAAUGUGUUCAGCACUGCCCAUCCCACUACAAGCCCGUAUGCGGCACCAACGGACUGACGUACGACAACCACUGCCUACUUCACAAAGAUGCAUGCGUGUGGCAGAAACACAUAUCCAUCAAGCACAAGGGAGUCUGCAAAAAAUCCAAAGUCAAGCAGCCUCAUCACAAGUAUCACCAGAAACCAGUUGUUUGCUUCCAGCAUGAAAGGGAUCGCAUUCGAAGGCACUUUGUGGAACUUCUGGAAUCUAAGGUUUCACAUGACAGGCGCUACCCUAGGGUUGUGGACGACGUUUUUGACAGCUGUGACCAUGAUGCUGAUGAUUUCCUGAGCACACACGAGCUUUCAAAGUGUGUGCGGCGAAACAACACAAUGUUCCAUUCAUGGCUGAAACACAGAGGGGAACUGGCAGCAACCCUCUGUGUUGAUGCCAUGGUGGAGGUUGCAGACAAGAACUCAGAUUGGUUGCUUUCUCGACGAGAGUUUCAGGGCUUCAUGCGGCCAUCUUAUCACCCACCUAUCAAAAGUUGCCCCUUGGAAGACCACUACUAUAAGGACGGAGAUGAAAUAAUGAUUGAUUGCAGCAAUUGUGUCUGCGCUGGCGGCAACUGGUCCUGUGCUAGUUUUCCAUGUGAAUUGAAGGCACCCAAGCACAAGAAAGGGCACCAUCACAAGAAAAAUAACAAUAUCUCAGAUUAAAUGUAUAUGCAAUGUUUAUUGUGAAUCUGCCACUGAUCAACUAGCAGCAAAAACGUGCAUGAUGUACAUUUCAAUCAGCGUUAUGUUUGAGGAAAAUAUGACCGUUAACAUUUUUUGGACAGCUUGUAUAACAUUUAUAUUGUUGAAUAAAUACUCUAAAAGAAGUA